CAUGCCUUGGCCGGGAGCUGCCUGGAGGAGCUGCUGCAGUGCGUGAGGAGUUCUGCUGCUGCUGCUGAAUGAUGUCCGAGCAGGAUUUGGCAGAUGUGGUGCAGAUUGCUGUCGAGGACCUGACUCCAGAUAACCCAGUUGUGUUGGAGAACCAUGAAGUGGCAGAUGAUGAUGURGAACCUGCCCUGAAACGUCAGAGGAUAGAAAUCAACUGCCAGGAUCCCUCCAUUAAGUCGUUCCUGUACUCCAUCAACCAGACCAUAUGCCUGAGGCUGGACAGCAUCGAGGCCAAGCUGCUGGCRCUGGAGGCCACCUGCAAAUCCCUGGAGGAGAAGCUGGACCUGGUGAUGAACAAACAGCACAGCCCCAUCCAGGUGCCCAUGGUGGCCGGCUCGCCGCUGGGCGCCACGCAGACCUGCAAUAAAGUGCGAUGUGUCGUCCCUCAGACCACGGUGAUCCUCAACAACGACCGGCAGAACUCCAUCGUGGCCAAGAUGGUGGGGCAGGAGGAACCUCUGAGCAGGGCAGCUGAUUCCCUGGAAAACAUUCUCAGCAACGCGGUGCCCGGCCGGCGGCAGAACACCAUCGUGGUGAAGGUGCCAGGUCACGAUGACAGCCACAACGAGGACGGCGAGAGCGGCUCCGAGGCCAGCGACUCGGUGUCCACCAGYGGCCAGGGCGGCAGCCAGAGCAUCGGCAACAACGUCACCCUCAUCACCCUCAACUCCGAAGAGGAUUACCCCAACGGGACAUGGCUGGGCGACGAGAACAACCCCGAGAUGCGCGUGCGCUGCCCCAUCACGCCGGCUGACAUGCUGCACAUCAGCACCAACUGCCGCACGGCCGAGAAAAUGGCACUCACCCUGCUGGAYUACCUGUUCCACCGGGAAAUCCAGGCCAUCUCCAACCUCUCGGGCCAGGGCAAGCACGGCAAGAAGCAGCUGGACCCGCUCAUGAUCUACGGGAUUCGCUGUGAGUCAAAGGGAUCACAGAGCUCGGUGUCAGCCUCGGGUGAGCUGCAGCAGAACCAACCCCAAGCCCUGCACUACGCCCUGGCCAACGCCCAGCAGGUUCAGAUCCACCAGAUCGGAGAGGAUGGACAAGUACAAGUAGGAAACCUGCAGAUCCACCAGGUGCACGUGGGCCAGGACGGGCAG